AGUUAUAAGUGAAUUUUCUUCCCAUUUGCAUCUUCACUAAACCCUUCCCUAUUUUCACUAUCUUCUUCUUCAUAUUCUUCUUCAUCUUCCACCAACACCACCCGGAAUCUCCUAAAAUAUAUUCUUUUUUAUAUAUAUAUAUAGGAUAAAAAAAAAUUGAAUUGUUUUUCAGCUAAAUCUUUGAUUCUGUCUAUCCAACAAAAUUUAUGAUUUUUUACCAACCCCAGAUAUUCUCUUCUAUUUCAAAUAUUUGUUGCUUCAAAGCAAUGGCUUCUCUACUCUCCUUCUUCCCCUAUUUAAACACUUACAAUCACCUGAAUUUUCUGUGUGAUUAUCAUUUUUCAAAAUGGGUUCUCAUUUUUCAAGCUUUUUCUUCCUCCUUCUUCUAUCCCAACUAUCUUUUGCUCAAUGUUCAUCUCAUAAAUCCACCGAAUGUUUGCCCACUCAUGACUCAUCACAGUAUAUAUCUGCUGUUGGAGACCCUGGAAUGAAGAACCCAAAUGUUAGAGUUGGAUUUGAGGCAUGGAAUUUUUGCAAUGAAGUUGGAGCUGAAGCUCCUAACAUGGGGAGCCCCAGAUUGGCUGAUUGUGCUGAUUUGAAAAUUCUACCUUUUCGUCGUCAUAGAAAAUUUGUAGUUCAGAAAGUAAAUGAAUGGGACAAUAAACUUGGGGCUGGUCAGAAGUUCCCAUCAGAGGGUUUUAAGCCAUACCUGAAUCCAGAUUUGUAUGUUGUGGAGAAGGAGAGGUAUCUUGGUUCACUAUGUGAGAAUGACGAUUCUUCGGAUCCAUGGAGUUUCUGGAUGAUUAUGCUAAAGAAUGGGAAUUUUGACGUGAACUCUACUCUCUGCCCUGAAGAUGGUAAAAGGAUCAGUAAAAUUAUAACUGACAGAAAAUUCCCUUGUUUUGGUGAAGGUUGUAUGAACCAGCCUCUUGUUUACCAUAACUAUUCGAGGUUGGAGUAUUUAGGGAAAGGAAAGUUGUCUUUAACUGGUGGUUUCUAUGGAACGUAUGAACUUGAUGCUGAUCUAAGACAAGGUAUAGGGAACAACUCUUACUAUUCAGUCUCAUGGCACAAGAAUGUUACCACAGGAAGUUGGAUAUUUUCACAUCAAUUGGCGACCUCUAGUAAGUAUCCUUGGCUUAUGCUGUACCUUCGAUCCGAUGCAACAAGGGGUUUCAAUGGUGGAUAUCACUACGAUGGUCGUGGCAUUAUGAGAAAGUUGCCCGAGUCCCCAAAUUUCAAAGUGAAAUUAACACUUGACAUUAAAAAUGGAGGUGGAAAAGACAGCCAAUUCUAUCUGGUUGACAUUGGUAGCUGUUGGAAGAACAAUGGAGAUGCUUGCGAUGGUGAUACUACUACAGAUGUAACUCGAUACAGUGAAAUGAUUAUCAACCCCGAAACUGGUUCGCGGUGUAGUCCAGACAAUCUCAGGUCGUGUCCACCUUAUCAUGUUACUGCUUCAGGCGAGAAGAUACAUAGGAAUGAGACAUCAAGAUUUCCAUAUUCAGCUUAUCACCUCUACUGCGCCCCUGGAAAUGCUAUGCAUUUGGAGGAACCAUAUGACAUUUGUGAUCCAUAUAGCAACCCAAUGGCUCAAGAGUUGAUGCAACUUCUUCCACAUCCUGAAUGGGCUGUACAUGGGUAUCCAAAGAACAAAGGAGAAGGAUGGGUUGGAGAUCCUAGAACUUGGGUUCUUGACGUAGGAGCCUUGUCCAACCGCUUGUACUUCUACCAGGAUCCGGGAACGAAGCCUGCAAGGCGGAUAUGGACUUCAAUCAACGUCGGAGUAGAGAUAUAUAAAUUAGAUAUUGGUAGUGAGAGGGCAACAGCAGAGUGGAGUGUAAGUGAUUUUGAUGUCAUUGUUCCCGUAGGAGCUGGAGAUGCCAUUGUCAACCCCUCAUCUUAACUUAUUAGGUAGUAUGUCAAUUAGUAUCGUCAUGUCAAUUUUGCUCUUUUUUCUUUAUGUUCCCCUUUAUUUGUUUUUAUAAUUAUACAUAGAGGUAGGCUCCUUAGGAAGUCCCAGAAGCCAUUUUACUAUAAAAUUCUGUACCCUUGAAUGAAGGGACUCAAUUUAGUCGAGUGUUUAUGGAAGCAAAUAUUUUGAUUGCCAUUAUUUACAUUUACAAGUACUUAUAAGUUCUAAUAUAUGGGGAGGGAUGUUCAUAUGAAGAUGGAAUUGCCCCCUUUUUUAAAAGAGAUAUCAUUAUAGGGAUUUGUGGGAGAAUAAAUUUGAUAAUCAAAUAGUUACCAUUUUAGUGGGGGAAAUCUUUUAAUUGAUUAAACAUUAUUCUAAUGGAAACAAAAUAAUUACUUAUCUAAGGCAUCAAUGAAAUAAAAAAUUGAAAUUUACAUUAUGAAUAAUAAUUUAACAUCUAACAAUAAGAUUGUAAUAGAAGAACGUUAGGAGUUGGAAAAUGUUGAAUCUUCAAAUGUCAAUUGGUCAACUAAAAAUUAAUUAUUAUAAAGUAUUGAAGAAGGAGAUUGUUUAUUUAUUUAUAUAUAGUUUUGGGAAUUUAAUUGAAUUUAGGAGAGGUGGCCGUUACCGUUACCAAACAUCCAACCCCCAGAAAUCCUCACAUAGAAAAGAUUUAACGAAAAGUCCGCCAUUUUCAUCCUUCCUCGAUCUCGUUCUGAAGAAUUUCUCACCAAUUCAUCUUACUCCAAGAAGUUGCAGAGAUCGGGGAAGGGAUGUCCGGAUCUCAAAGCUCCAGAUCUCUGCAAUUCCUCUUCUUCAUUUUUAGUUUUAUCUUUUCCCAUUCUCUUUCAGACCUCAAAUUCUAGUUGAAUGAACGUACGAGGUUUUUAGUUUGGUUUUUCUUGUAUUUCUAGUGUUGGCAAAGGAAAAUUCAAGUGCUAAAGAUGGUGGUAAAACUAAAAAGGACGAUGCUCGGAGGAGCCCGUCGAUGGGGAUCAAGAUACUAAUCAUAUGUCUAGGAGUUGUGACUGUUAUUAUCUUUUCUGUAAUUCUAUUCAAGAUAUGGCAGAAGAAGAAGAGAGAAGAACAACAUGCUCGUCUUCUCAAGCUGUUUGAAGAUGAUGAUGAACUAGAAGUCGAGCUUGGACUUCGAGAUUGAGCUUCGUGAUACUCAUACUCUAUCCGAUUAAUUAAGAGGAGGUGCACAUUUGUGGAUUCAAUUGCCUUUUGUUUAAAUGAUGCAUACAAGCUCUUAGCUAUUAUUCCAAUUUUGUUUUUGGAUAAGCUGGGCUCCUAAAAUGUCAUAGCAAAUUCUUUCUUGUCAAUUAGUUUUGAAUAAUGUUGUUCCUCCUUCAAUCAUUCAUCUUAGACAUGUAACAUGUUUAUGAUAUCUGAGGCAUGUCUCAAAUAUAAAUCGUUGUUUAGUGAAUUGGUCAAGUUAUAUAGUAAAUACAUGUUACAUUUUUCUAGGGAGUGGGAAAUGGUGGUUGAUAGUAUAUGCUGUUGAGCUAGCGAUGUUCUGAAGAAUGAGACGAUUUUCAUUUUCAAAAUGGAAGACCUUGUUGUUAGUUUAAA